CGGUGUGGCUUCUCGCUCGCUGCGCCAAAAAAAAAAAAACAAAAGAAACUCGUUUUCCCUCGCUCUCUCUCUCUCUCCAUCGCUUUGCCCCCAUACGAAGCUAAAAUCGAUCCUCUCUCUCUCUCUCUCUCUCUCACCAUCUCUCUCUCUCUGUGCGUAUUGGGUUCUUGUGGCAUUGGGCUUUCCGUCUUCCAAUGGUUUCAGCAGCGAACAGAUUGACAUCGAUAUGCAGUAUAUACACAUUUACAUAGAGAAGCAGCGUUCAAUGCGGAAUAUCAUCAUAUCGUGCUGUUAGAGGCGGGUUUCUGUAAAUCGGGGUUUUGAUUGUCGGGAUCGGGGUUUCUGUUCGAUUCUUCGUUUUGGUGUUCCUCUGCCGAGAGUUAAGAGAAAUUGCGUGUUCUUCCCCGUGUGAUUGGUGAGCGGGAAAAUGUCUGGUUUCGUGGGUGUUAUCGUUUCGGAUCCAUGGCUCCAGAGCCAGUUUACUCAGGUCGAACUUCGGAGCCUCAAAUCCAAGUUUACAUCGUUGAAGAACCAGAGUGGUAAAAUCACCAUAGAGGAUCUACCGCCAGUAUUCGCCAAACUGAAGGCUCUUAGUGCUACAUUUAAGGAGGAUGAGAUAAGAGGAAUUUUGAGCGAACUGGGUUCCCAAACAACCGGUGAUGUUGAUUUCGAAGCUUUUCUCAGGAUAUAUCUGAAUUUGCAAGGUAAAGCGGCCGAGAAAUCGGGUGGCCACAAGAACUCAUCUUCGUUUCUUAAAGCCAGUACAACUACCCUUCUUCAUACCAUAAAUCAGUCGGAGAAGGGCUCUUUUGUUCACCACAUCAACAGAUAUCUCGGGGAUGACCCGUUUCUGGAACAGUUUCUUCCUCUUGAUCCGGAUUCUAACGGUCUGUAUGAACUUGUGAAAGAUGGCGUACUUCUAUGUAAGCUCAUAAAUGUGGCAGUUACGGGGACAAUAGAUGAACGUGCCAUAAACACGAAAAGGGUACUUAACCCAUGGGAGAGAAAUGAGAAUCAUACCCUUUGUCUCAACUCUGCGAAAGCUAUUGGCUGUACUGUGGUCAAUAUUGGAACACAGGACCUGGCUGAGGGACGGCCUCACCUGGUGCUUGGAUUGAUUUCACAAAUCAUAAAGAUUCAACUGCUAGCCGAUCUCAAUCUGAGGAAGACGCCUCAGCUCGUUGAGUUGGUAGAAGACAACGAUGAUAUUGAGGAGUUGCUGCGAUUACCCCCUGAGAAAGUGUUAUUAAAAUGGAUGAACUUCCAUCUCAAAAAAGGCGGUUACAAGAAAACCGUCGCAAACUUUUCUUCUGAUUUGAAGGAUGCGGAGGCUUAUGCUUACCUGCUCAAUGUUCUUGCACCUGAACACUGUGAUCCAGCUACACUAAAUGCAAAGGGUCCUCUUGAAAGGGCUAAACUGGUCCUCGAUCAUGCAGAGAGAAUGAACUGCAAGCGGUAUUUGACUCCAGAAGAGAUUGUCGAAGGCUCCCCAAAUUUGAAUCUCGCGUUUGUGGCUCAAAUAUUUCACGAAAGGAAUGGUCUUAGCACAGAUAGUAAGUUUUCCUUUGCGGAGAUGAUGACUGAGGAUGUACAGACUUGCAGAGACGAGAGAUGCUACCGAUUAUGGAUCAACAGCCUCGGGAUUGACAGUUAUGUCAACAACGUGUUUGAAGAUAUCAGAAACGGAUGGAUUCUUCUGGAGGUUCUUGACAAGGUCUCUCCUGGUUCAGUUAACUGGAAACACGCUUCGAAACCGCCCAUUAAGAUGCCGUUUAGAAAAGUAGAGAAUUGCAAUCAAGUCGUGAAGAUCGGGAAGCAGCUAAAAUUCUCUCUGGUGAAUGUAGCUGGAAAUGACAUAGUUCAAGGGAAUAAGAAGCUCAUACUUGCUUUCUUAUGGCAGUUGAUGAGAUUCAGUAUGCUCCAACUUCUCAAGAACCUCCGUUCUCGGACACGAGGGAAAGAGAUGACGGAUGCCGAUAUCCUCAGCUGGGCUAACAGGAAAGUGAGGAUCAUGGGCAGGAAAUCACACAUCGAAAGCUUCAAGGACAAGAGUCUUUCCAAGGGGUUGUUCUUCCUCGAGCUUCUAUGGGCAGUGGAACCCAGAGUUGUCAAUUGGAAUCUUGUCACUAACGGUGAAACAGAUGAUGAGAAGAGGUUGAACGCUACAUACAUAAUCAGUGUAGCAAGGAAGCUUGGUUGUUCGAUUUUCUUGUUGCCUGAGGACAUUAUAGAGGUGAACCAGAAGAUGAUCUUAAUCUUGACUGCGAGUAUAAUGUACUGGAGCCUUCAGCAACAAUCAUCAGAUAGCUCCGAUUCCUCAUCCACUCACAGCACCACCACGACCUGCAACAGUACGGCAUCUUCUCCGGCCCCGUCUGUCACCGGAGACGACGAAGUCUCCUCCUUUUCCGGCGAAGUCUCGAGCUUGGCCAUCGAUGCCGACAACAAUGGCGACUCGGCCUCUGAUAUUACAUCUGUGUCCUCACAGCAUGAGACCGAGGAGGCAGCCCUCGAAUAGCCAUAAUAGAUGAUGGGGAAUAACAGAGGAAUCGGUUUGAAUCGAAACGAGGAAUUUCAGGUUCUUAUACAUGGGCGUGUAGAUUCUCGAAAGCUUUUCCCUAUUUCUUGGGAGACAAGCUAUGGGUUCUUUCUUCUUUUGUCUCUUUACUUGUGUCGUACGUUAUAACUGUACAGUUUCAGUCGUGUCCCAUCGGAGAACUUGAAAGCGUUUUGUCUGUCCCAACUUGGAAGAACGAUGACGAACAAAGCUCUCUCUUAACAGAGUUUCUUUCUAUCUUCGUGAUUAUUAAUUAA